CACCUUCCUCUAACACACCUAAAUUUUCUAACUGCUAUUUUCGAAUAUUUUUCAGGAAGCAUAAUCAUUACUGAUUAUUGAACGAAACAACUUGUUUAUUGAGUUUAAAGCACAUUUUAAACUAAACUUUCUCCGAAAAUGGGUGAAGACUCAUCAAAUGGCGCAUCUGUUAAUUUUGCAGAAAAGAUCAGUAGUACAGCGAAGAUAGAUUCCUCUUUGGACAACUUAUUUAAGCAAUCUAAACCAAUUUCGCGUCCUGCCAUAAAAGAGCCUACUAAAAUAACAUUACCAAGUACGAAUGAAAAUGCGGAUGAAAACAUUGAAGAGGGAGUCAACAUUGAAGCCGAAAAAAAGGUUUCAAAAGAAAAGAAAAAACAAUCUAAAAAGAAAAAGUCUGGUUUGGACGGUGACAACCUUGAGGCGGAUUACUUUGAUAAAUUAAGAGAAGAGGAAGCAGUCGAAAAGGACACUGGUAGUGAGGAAGAAAAGAAAAGUCCUAAAGAUGAAAAGGAAGAGGAAAAAUCCGAAAAUGAUAAACAAAAGUCAGAACAGGAGAAACUGGAACAGAGAGCUUUAAAACAUCAACAAGAUGUAAAAAUUCAACAAGAGCUUCAAAAGUCUGAAAAAACUAUUUUUGUAAAUAAUUUACCUUCCAAGGUUGUUUUAGACAAGCAUGAAUACAAAGCCUUCUCUAAGCACUUUCGUCGUUUUGGGGCUAUCAAUUCGAUCAGGUUUCGUAGUUUGGCCUUUUCUGAAUUUUUGCCCCGAAAAGUUGCUUUCCUUGAAAAGAAACUUCAUGCUGAACGUGAUACAGUUAAUGCUUACAUCGUUUAUGAUGAAGCUUCAUCUGCUAGAAAUGCGUUGUCAUUGAAUGCCACCGUUUUUAUGGACCGUCAUCUUCGCGUGGAUAGCGUUAGUCAUCCUAUGGCUAGGGAUGUGAAACGCUGUAUCUUCGUCGGUAAUUUGGCUUUUGAAGCUGAGGAAGAGCCAUUAUGGCGUUACUUCGGACAGAGUGGUGAAAUUGAAUAUGUGCGCAUUGUUCGAGAUCCCAAGACGAAUUUGGGUAAAGGAUUUGCCUAUAUUCAAUUCAAGGAACCCCUUUCAGUCGAAAAGGCUCUUUUAUUGAAUGAAAAACAGAUGCCAGAGGGAAGAACCUUACGUGUUUCAAGGGCGAAAGUUAUUAAAGCCAAUGCUCCUGCUUCAACUGCAAAACCCAAUAACCAAAAGGGUCGUACUCUACAAGGUAGAGCCCGUAAAUUGAUGGGCAAAGCAGGAAAUGCUUUGGUCAAAGAAAAUUUGUCGUUAGAAGGUCAUCAUGCUAAACCAGGUGAAAAUCCUCUAGUAAAGAAGAAGAAGCCUAGCAAAAAGCGUAAGGAACGUGCUGAUCAAUGGAAACAAAAUAAGUCCAAAAAGGUCAAGAAUUAAAAUCGGACAUCUCAGUGAAAAUCAACUUCGCUAAUAUGGGUUAAUAAAGGUUUUUUGUGAUUUAGGUUCUUUAUAUGCAACUUGAUAUAUAUAUAAUAAUAAUUAAA